GCUGUGCUAGUGCGACAGCCGUCACUCCAAUAAUCUAGAAUCUUCAGUCUUCAGUCAAACAAUGCUUCCCCACAGUCUUACACGUCACCACCUGCCCCACACGUGCACUAUCCCGGCCGCUUCUUUUUCGGCACGUGUCACGUUUAAACGGCUAGUUUUCCCUCCUCAUUCUUAAUUAUUUAACUGCCGAAAAGAUAAAUUACAGGAACCCGAGGCAACAAAAAUUUCGAGAUGAUUCCAUUUCCCGCGUAGAUUAUUCUCCACUGUGCAAAAAUUUCGAGAAAACGCACUACAUUUUCGUCCCCCAAUAUAUAUAUAAAUCUAAUCCCUUUCUUCUUGGACCUGAAUCAUUUUAUCAGGUCUUUGUUUGAUUAUGGCUUUGGGAAAGAAUUGCCGGAGUAGUUCACUGAAAUGCAGCUUUUCGUCCGGAGGAGGAGGAGAAGAAGGGUUUGUUCGAGCUUUGGGGAGGAAGAGGAUAGAAAUCCCGGAUGCGGGCCCCAAGACUCCAUUGAAGAAGCAGAGGAGCGAGUGUUUCGCUUUUGAUUUCGAUUUCGAGGGUGAAAGUUCUAAACUUGAAGCUCUGCCUCGGGAGAUUCUGAUUAAGAUUCUGUGUGGAGUUGAUCAUGAGGAUCUUAAACAGCUUUUCAGUGUAUCUAAGGCGAUUAGAGAAGCGACUCUUAUUGCGAAACAGUUGCAUUUUGUUUACAGCACACCAAGAAAGAUUCCAGCUUUUCGAACCAAGAUUGAUUUUUCGGAGUCAAAUGAUGAAUUGGAUGAGAUUGAAGCUCCGAAUGCUCCGAGGCUGCAUAGGGAGCUUCCGAGCCGGAAAAAGCUUGAAGAGAUAUCUGUUAACUUAUUGGAUUCAUUGGAGGAAGGAAUCAGAAGAGGGCUUUUCAUGGAUGAAGAUGAUGAGUGAGCAACCACGGAAUUUGUAUAUAGAAAUGUCCUGCUUUGCUGCUUGAGUAGUGUGUACAUAUGGAGAAAUUGGUACCAAGCAGAUUCUUCAAAUUCAAUCAUUGAAGAUCAAAACUUGCUUGUUUAUCUAUUUCUGUACAUGUAUUAGAAAGAAAGAAAGAAAGAGAGAGAGAGAAACUUUACUGGUUGUUUAUUUAAGGGCUCUAAUCUUUGAGCCCUUCCACUGAGAAUAAUACGAAGGAUGUAGACUUGGUUGUGUAAUUUAUGAGUUUUAAUUUAUAAAAUUUCAAUAAUGU